AUGCGCGGCGGACUCCAGGGAAGAAAGCGACGGGCGGUUCUUAAGCAAAUCCCCUGGGCCCUUGGGGACCCGCUCCGGAGCCGCCACGCGGUGUCACCCCCACCCCCUCCGCACUCCAGGGCAUUUUUCCGGAAAGCGGAUUCGGAGGCCUGCCCGACGCCGUCCUGCAGCUUACGACUCUGGGUCCGUGGCGCCUUCCUCCUCGACCCGUCCGGCCAGCCCAUUGGCUCAGACGUGCGCUACCCGCGUCUCCGCGAGAUCCCAUUGGCCGGCGGCCGCGGCUUAGACAAAGGGAGCGGCGGCGGCGGGCGGCGAUUGGGCCGGGAACAGGAUGGGGAAGGCGAGGAGGGGGAGAGCGGGGGUGUUCGAGAGGGAGGACUCCAAGGCCGGGUGGAGGCGGGGGCGGGGCCCUUCCGCGGGGGCGGGGCCGAGAGCCCCUGGAGGGCGGCGGCCGCAGGGCCCGGGGCGGCGGGAACCCGCCCGCCCCUCCGCCCAGCACCCCUCCCGCCCCGGGGCUCCUGCGCGGACCGCGGCCGCUGCUGCCUCCUCGUCUUCCCCGAGGGUUCCGCGUCCGUCUGCGCUAGCUCGGCCGCGAACGUGGGAAAGCGGGAACCUGGGUCGAGAAGGACGUGCCCGGACCCAGGUCUGGACGUGCAACCCGAGCCGCAGCGUAGCGGCGGGACGCGCCGCCCCUUGGCCUUGGAGCCCCUCUCCGGGACUGCUGGGCCUCGGGGUUCCUCUGCGCGUCCGCUCGCAGGCAGGAGAUGCGGGCCCUGGCGCUGGAAGACGUGUCCGGCGCGCGGACAGGAAGCUCCUCGCGCUUCCUGGAGAGUUGGCUCGGCGGGGUGCGUCGCCUGGGAGGGAGGGAUGGGCCGUGGGGCGACCGGCCGGGCGGGGAGUGGCUUCUGGGGGCCCCCUCGCCAGCGGCGGGCCCGCGAGGCCGCCCUCGGAGCGCCGCCAGGUCGAUCUCUGACCCGAGACCCAGCCUCCGACGGGGGAGCCAGGCGCGAGCCCGUGUUCCCGGGGCCUGAAGGGCCCCCGGGCGCUCCACGUGGCAUCCGCGCGGCCGGGAACCCCGCAUCCUGCGCUCAGAGGACGGCCUGCGUUCCGGUGAUAACAAGGUGACCAUGGCUAACAUACAUGCUGGACGCUGCCCUCCUGUUCCCACCGAUGCCUGAGGCUCACCCCCAACACGCUGCCAGCUGGCUCUCAGGGGCCCACGACCACUUGACUGGGAUCAAACAACUUGGCUGCCUCCACCCCCAGGGAUGUGGAGCACAAGAGAAUCGUCUGUGCGGAGCCUGGACGGACUGGAAGCUGGGGCGACGUGUGACAGAAGGCUGUGAGCUCUGAACCCUCCGGGAGCUGUAUUCGGCCAGUCCGACUGCCCGCCCUGCACUGAGGGAAGAGGUCACACCCCUCGGUAGUGUGGGGACAGCUGGAGGAGCCCGGCUGGACUCUGAGCCUGGCGGCCCAUGUCAUCAGUGCCAGUCUCUGAUGGGUCCUGGGCGUGCCAUGGGUGCCAGGCUUGGGGCUCAGCACCCUCUGGCCUGGAUUUCAUUAGCUCCUCUGCUACCUGAAAACCCUGCCUGUGUGUGGGCACCUAAGCAAGAGUACCAACAGCAGCUGGCAGUGACGGUGUCCACGUCCCACCUCACCUGUUGCUUCCCACUCGCAGGACCCGCUCCUCCUCAGCCACCUGACACAGUAGGUGUGCUGACCGCCCUCCCGUCCCUGGGGCCGAGGUCCUGUGGGCUGCCAAGUGUCCGCAAGCAGAGGCCGGCCUUUUACCUGCAGAGACGGUGGCAGGGCCCGCCGUGGCUGCUUCCAGAGGAAGGGGUGGGCAGUGCUGGAGGAAGGGGACUCCUUAGUGAUGGAGCUCCUGCUGUGGACCAGGCCCUUUGUGGACCUCCGUGAAUUAACUGGGGCUUCCCUCAGAGGGUAAAGAAUCUGCCUGCAAUGCAGGAGAGCUGGGCUCGAUCCCUGGGUAAGGCAGAUCCCCUAGAGAAGGGAAUGGCAACCCACUCCAGUAUUCUUGC